AUGGCCGGAUUAUUUGUAUUGGGAUCCACUGGCCUAGUAGGUGGUUUCGUCGUUGAAGCAGCCCUUAAAUCCAAGCAUUGGAACAAAAUAACUACCCUCACUAGACGUGAACCAAAAUUUGCCAAGGAGGAUAAAGUUGAGGCCAUAGUCAACACGGAAAUUGACAGCUGGCCAGAAAUCAUCGGCAAGGUUCAACCAACUCCAUAUGCGUACAUUUCCGCAUUCGGUACAAGUAAAGCGGAGGCUGGGUCAUCUGAGAAUUUCAAGAAAAUUGAUUAUUGUGACAAUUUGGAUGCGGCGAGAGCAGCCAAAGAGAGUGGAGUCAAGGCGUGUGUUUUGGUGUCGGCAUUUGGAGCAAAUUCCAAAUCACCGUUCUUGUAUUUCAGAAGCAAGCGGGAAUUGGAAAAAGCGGUAAUUGAGUUGGGUUUCGAAUACACGAUAAUUUUGAGACCGGGCAUGUUGAUUGGUUUAAGAAACGGUGAAUCGGAUUGGGCUCAUAAAUUGGCCAAGUUUACUCAUAAUCCUAUACUUUCACCUUUGUUUAGAUCUAUUCAUGCCAGCGACUUGGGCCAGAUUGCCGUGUAUUUUGCUGAACGUGCUCUUAGAGGAGAUUUGAGAGAGAAUGUCAAGAUUGUUGAUGGUGGGGAAUUAUUGGAAUUGCUUGCAAGUGAAAAGAUUGCAUAA